GAGACAUUUUCAACCCAAAAUAUCUUCAGAAGCAGAACACUACAGCCCCCACACACUCCAUUUUUUGAUUUUUCUUUUUCUCUAUUUCUUAUACACAGACGAGAGAGAAACUUUUCGUCAAACAGAGAGAGACACAAAUAUACACAUGUCGAACCAUGACGAAGACGAGGAAGAGAAGGUUCAGAGCUCUGGUAAAAGGCUAAAAUGCACAAAACCCGAAGAUGAAGAAGGACAAAGCAAGCUUAUAUUUGAGUCAGGAUUUUUCUUUUACCCAACUAUGCCUAAAUCUAUUGUCGUCUGCGAUGCACUCGAGCCCGAUUUUCCUAUCAUUUAUGUCAACAAGGUCUUUGAGAUCUUAACUGGCUAUCGUGCUGACGAGGUCCUCGGUCGUAACUGUCGGUUCUUGCAAUACAGGGAUCCUCGGGCUCAAAGACGACAUCCAUUAGUAGAUCCUGUUGUUGUUUCUGAAGUUAGAAGAUGUCUCAAGGAAGGUGUUGAAUUUCAAGGCGAGCUUCUCAAUUUUCGAAAGGAUGGCACUCCAUUGGUAAACAGGCUAGGACUUGCACCCAUACAUGAUGAUGAUGGGAUUGUCACACAUAUUAUAGGUAUUCAGAUGUUUUCAGAAGCAAAAAUUGAUCUGAACCGUGUGUCUUAUCCAGUUUUCAAAGAGACUUGCAAUCAGCCAUGUGAUCAAUCCGCUAAAUAUUCUCAUUUGAGUGGACAGCCACCAUUUAAUCAGCAUCAAGAAAUAUGUGGGAUACUUCAAUUAUCUGAUGAAGUAUUGGCUCACAACAUUUUAUCACGCUUGACCCCUAGGGAUGUUGCAUCCAUUGGGUCUGUCUGUAGAAGAAUCCGGCAGUUGACAAAAAAUGAGCACCUGAGGAAGAUGGUGUGCCAAAAUGCAUGGGGAAGAGAAGUCACUGGUGCAUUGGAGUUGAUGACUAAGAAGUUAGGCUGGGGGCGUCUGGCUAGAGAACUGACCACUCUUGAGGCUGUAUGCUGGAGGAAACUGACAGUUAGAGGUGCAGUUGAGCCUUCUCGUUGCAAUUUCAGUGCAUGUGCGGCAGGGAAUAGGCUUGUUUUGUUUGGAGGGGAAGGAGUUGAUAUGCAGCCAAUGGAUGAUACAUUUGUUCUUAAUCUUGAUGCUGCAAAUCCAGAGUGGCAGCGGAUAAGUGUAAAAUCAUCUCCACCGGGUCGCUGGGGCCACACUCUCUCCUGCAUCAAUGGUUCUUGGUUGGUGGUAUUUGGAGGGUGUGGAAGGCAGGGGUUGCUCAAUGAUGUUUUUGUCCUGGACUUGGAUGCCAAACAGCCCACGUGGAGGGAAGUUUCUGGUGGAACUCCUCCUCUACCUCGAUCUUGGCACAGCUCUUGCACAAUAGAAGGUUCUAAAUUGGUUGUCUCAGGUGGAUGCACAGAUGCUGGGGUACUUCUGAGUGACACUUACCUAUUGGAUCUCACUACAGACAAGCCAAUGUGGAGAGAGAUUCCGACUUCUUGGGCUCCUCCAUCACGAUUAGGACAUUCACUCUCAGUUUAUGGUCGAACAAAAAUUCUUAUGUUUGGUGGCUUGGCUAAGAGUGGCCACUUGCGACUGAGAUCAGGUGAGGCCUACACCAUUGACUUAGAGGAUGAAAAGCCACAGUGGAGGCAACUAGAUUGUAAUGCAUUCACUGGCGUAGGCAGCCAGAGUCCAGUAGUUCCUCCCCCAAGACUUGAUCAUGUUGCUCUCACCAUGCCUUGCGGGAGGAUUAUAAUCUUUGGUGGUUCAAUUGCCGGGCUGCAUUCUCCUUCUCAGCUUUUCCUGCUGGAUCCUUCUGAGGAGAAACCAUCAUGGAGGAUUCUCAACGUUCCUGGUCAGCCACCUAAAUUUGCUUGGGGCCAUAGCACAUGUGUGGUUGGAGGGACAAGGGUUCUGGUUUUGGGUGGGCACACUGGAGAGGAAUGGAUACUAAACGAAUUGCACGAGUUGUGCUUAGCUAGCAGGCAAGAUUGAGAACCAUUGCUUGACAAUGGGCCCUGCUCACACAAUGAGCAUAUGCAGCUUUAGCUUCUGACGCUGCCAAAAACUUUUCUUUAUGGCUUGUGCCACUUGAGGUUCUUUCUCUAAUUGAUCACUUCUUUUUAUGUUGCUCCAGGCUACGUGUGUUCGUUGUGUUGUUGAUAGUAGUACCACGCCUAUGAAGACCUUAGGUUUCUUUGUUAAUUUUAAUUUUGCACAUGAACAUAGAAUGUGAAUUUGUAUGUUUGGUUUGCCGUUGCUCAUAUUUAUAUAUUGUUAAAUAUAAAGACUAGAAGAUGAGAAAUUUGAUGUAGGUAAUUUGUACAUAUUUAAUGCCUCAUUAGCUAAUUUUGCUA